AUGGUGAAAGUGGGAUAUGAACUCCCGAAGAGGUAUCUCCGGCUCCAUCUCAAGGAAUUGACCAUCUGCCUGCUACCUCUGAUGACGAUCCAAUGGCUUAUGACCUCAGCAUGCAUCAAGUUGGCUAUUCCGAAUCUGUCAUUUUUGACAUCUCUCAUCAUCGGGUCGUGCGUCAUCUGUAUAGACCCAGUUCUCUCACAGGGUAUUGCGAAAGGCCCAUUCGCAGAUCAAUAUGUCCGCCGACAUCUUCGGGAAUUCAUCUCCGCCGAGGCAGGUGCGAAUGAUGGAUUCGGGUUUCCAUUUCUGCUUCUUUCGAUCUCGAUUCUGCGAUACGACGAUGGGCCGGAUGUCGCACACGGUGUGGGAAACCACGCCUCUAGGCAUAUUCGAAAUUGGAUUGGUCAGCCAAAUGCUGGACGACUUGGUGGGAAUGCCGGUCGUGCAUUGGCGCAUUGGGCUGUUGAAGGUGUUCUGUACAUGCUUGUCAUGGGGGCUGGAUAUGGAGUAUUGGUUGGAUUCUUGUGCAGGAAAGCCUUGUCGCUUGCCUCCAAAAGGGAGUGGAUUGAUAAAGAGGGAUUCUUUUCAUAUCCAAUCGCUAUUGGUUUAUUCAUCGUGGGAACAUGUGGCUGUUUCGGAUCUGACGAGACUUUGGCUUGCUUUGUGGCUGGCUGUGCGCUGAACUGGGAUGGCAAAUACCACUUCGAGGUUGAAGAGCGACACGAUUCGUUCAACUCGACCAUUGAGACUAUCCUGAACAUAGGGACAUUCGUGUUCGUCGGUGCAAUCAUGCCAUGGGAUCAGCUUCAUUUGCCCAAGGAGACUGGAGUCACCAUCUCUCGCUUGGUGGGCCUGGGGUUCCUGAUCCUUGUUUUUCGUCGAAUCCCAGCAAUCAUGAUGGGGUAUCGAUUCUUGCCCAAGGUCUGCAAUGAUUGGAAAGAAGCGUUGUUCAUGGGGCAUUUUGCUCCCAUUGAACUCACAAAACUCAGGCAUCGGCGCAAUCUCAUAUGUCGAACACGCCCGAAGGCUGCUGCCAGACCCCGGACAGAGCGACCAAGAGAUCGACAAUCUGACGGCAGCCAUGGUCCCCGGUGUGUAUCUCCCGAAGACCCCAUGUGUCAAAAAAAACAAGAUCCUGACCUUGUUGCAGUAGUAUAUUGGCUCGUGUGCUUCUCGAUUGUGGUUCACGGGCUGUCAACUCCUGCUCUGAACUGUCUUUACAGGUAUUUCAGAGUUCCAACCAUUCGAGAUCACCCCGUGGAGAUCAUCCUCCUCUCCGAGACCGAGCCAAUCCCCAACAACAGCGUGGUCAAUCGCCAGGGGCACUUCAUAGUCCACAACAAUCGCUUCUCCUGUGUGUCUGAUCACAAUCUCAAUGACUGCCGCGGCGAUUCUCACUGUGAGAAUUCAGAUACGGUGAUGCUGCGACGUAGAGAUACUGAAUGCGGGAUUUCCUUGGAGUGGGCUUCAACGAGCUCAUCACGACAAAGGGUUGUUGAGAUUGACCAAAUUGCAUCAGCACGCAAUAUGAUUUAA